AGAAGAUGGUAGCGAGGGGCAACGGAAGACGAAGGGCUCUCGUCCUCUUUCUGGUUCACUUCCUUCUCCUCUGCGUCUUUCUUCUUCAUGCGACGGAGGCCCACCGCUCCGUAAUUCCAUCAGCAAAUUUGCAGCAUAACACAGGAGAUCACGUUUCCAGCUCGAGAAGGAUCACAAGAGGCUUCGGUGGGGGUGGACACGGUGGUGGCAGCCAUGGACGUGGUAGCGGCCGUGCUCGUGUGGUGCCAGGCGGAAGGGGAGCUGCUGCUGCUUCUACUCGCAACAACGAUGCAGCGAGUCGUAGCUGCAGCUACUCCUUCCCGGUGGUCUUUGUUAUGGUAGCUGCGGCUGCCAUUUUUGCUUCUUUUUAGACUCCACUACUAGGAUCAAACUUACCGUCGAAAGGUGACGAUGAAACAGAUACCGGUAGAGUAGAACGUUAAUUGUUUUGUUGGAUUGUGCAAACCUUGUUUAUGUCGUCGACACCUAAUAAUGGCAAGUCUUGUUUAUAAUAAGAUGCAUGACAUUAAGAGAGAGGUAGGUUUACAUGGACCCAAGAAACCUUCCUCCGGAAAGCAGAGAGAACAACCAUAGCAUUACAAUGGCGGCACAUCGCUCUUAUUUGUAACCCUGAUCGCUACUAAACGACACUGCGUCAUCUUCAACGGAGAGAUGGCAAACGAGACUAUUUGUAUGGUGGUGGUGGGGGUGGCGAAGA